UUUAUUUAUUGAUUGAUUGAUUUAAGAUUGAACGGGGGGGAUCUCUGCACCUCCAUCUUUGCCAUGGGGGAGGGUCGGGUGAGAGGUGAAAGUUGAGAGGUGCCAGAUUUGUUGUCUUUUGUGUAAAGAGUGGAGCUCGAUCUCAUACAGUCUCUCUCCCCUCUUCCCCGGAUCCUUUUAACACUCUCCCCCUGGGUGCAUACCCUCCCGAACCUCUCCCCUCUACCCUCACAACCCUCCCCUCCCCUGGACGCGUCCCGAGGAUUGGAUCAGGUGAGCAGCUAAGCAGCUUCGUACCCGGCUCUCUCCAGGUCAGCAUCUCUGUCCCAGCAGUGAUGGACUCCGGUGUUAUUGAAGGAGGGCUGAACGUCACCCUCACCAUCAGGUUGCUCAUGCACGGCAAGGAGGUUGGAAGCAUCAUUGGAAAGAAGGGGGAGUCUGUGAAGAAGAUGAGAGAAGAGAGCGGCGCACGCAUCAACAUCUCAGAGGGGAACUGUCCCGAGAGGAUCAUCACCCUGGCGGGGCCCACCACAGCCAUCUUCAGGGCCUUCUCUAUGAUCAUCGAGAAGUUGGAAGAGGACAUUAGCAGCUCCAUGACGAACAGCACGGCCACAAGCAAGCCCCCCGUCACCCUGCGCAUCGUCGUUCCUGCCAGCCAGUGCGGAUCCCUCAUCGGGAAGGGCGGCUGCAAGAUCAAAGAGAUCAGAGAGUCCACAGGUGCUCAGGUACAGGUGGCAGGAGACAUGCUGCCGAACUCCACAGAGCGAGCGAUCACCAUCGCGGGAACGCCACAGUCCAUCAUCGAGUGUGUCAAGCAGAUCUGCGUGGUGAUGCUGGAGUCACCACCAAAGGGAGUGACCAUACCAUACAGACCCAAACCUUCUGGGUCGCCGGUCAUCUUUGCAGGUGGACAGGCUUACGCGGUUCAAGGACAGCAUGCCAUCCCACAGCCCGAUCUCACCAAACUGCACCAGCUCGCCAUGCAACAGAGCCCCUUCCCUCUGGCACCUAGCAGUCAGGGCUUCACUGGCAUCGAAGCCUCGGCCCAGGCCGGCUCCCACGAGCUCACCAUUCCAAACGACUUAAUCGGGUGCAUCAUCGGCCGUCAGGGUGCCAAGAUUAAUGAGAUUCGGCAGAUGUCAGGGGCUCAGAUCAAGAUCGCCAACCCUGUGGAGGGGUCGUCCGAUCGGCAGGUGACCAUCACCGGCUCGGCUGCCAGCAUCAGCCUAGCUGAGUACCUCAUCAAUGCCAGGCUGUCCUCUGAAGCGACCGGGCUGGCGACCAACUAGCAGGUGGCACUGAAUCUACACUGCCUCCCUCUGCCUGCCGGUCCUUACUGUAGUGACGCAGCCAUCCCCCUCCCAACCCCCUUUUUUUAAGAAGAAUUUUAAAUUCUUGCCCACCUAUAAAUCCAUAAGCAUAUACAUAUUUAUUACUCAGAACAAAUUCUGUUUUUAAGUCCUUUUAAAUGCAGGUUUUAAUGGGUUUUUUUUGCCGGGCAGGGGGUGGAGAGAUUUUUGCUUCUUGCCUCUCUCCCUUCUUUAUUUGCCAUCACAGAAAAGUCAAGGUGGAAAAAUCUGAAUAGGCCUCAGAUUAGUUGUUAUGUCAGAUUUUUCUAAAAAAAAAUGCAAAACAAAAAAAAAUCACAAAAUAAAAAUCAUAGAUGGACUAUUUUCUCUCUGCAUUUUUUUUUAUUUGGCUCCUUUUAUAUUCCUGCGUUUUGCCCACCCCACAUUUGCUGAUCUCACCCUUAGGGGGAGCUGGACUUUCAGACCCUGGUCUUCGUGGGGAAACCCAUGUGUUGCCAUGCUCUGUCUGCUCAGACUGUAUGAUGUUCAGUUGUUGCAACCUGUUUAAAAUGACUUUUUUAAGUGGGUGUGAAAUCUGUAUGUAGGGGUUUAUUUUAACUGUGUUAUUUGUCACUUUUAAUUUAAUGUUUAGCAUUUUCUUUGUCAUUCCUGUGUUGUCACCCUGUUUUAUUGCAGUUGCCCAGAGUGGGUUUGGA